AAAUGCCUAACAUUGAUCGUCGAUUCUCCUAAACAACCUGUUCGCAGAUCAAGAGACAGCAACGGCGGUUUUCGUCUCAAAAACCAGGGUCAGAACGGAAUCGCUAUGAUCAACAGGGCUGUAGGCCGGAACGACUUUCCGGAAGGCAGCGUUACACUCGAUCAGGCGCGUCAAUACGUGUAAAGCCUCAGUGGGCUACUGGACGACGCAGACUUGGAAGUGAAGUCGUGCUCGUACUGGACGAUGACCUCGUAUGUUACGGACAGACUGCAGUCACAUGGAGGCCUUGUGUUCAUUGCUGGUGAUGCUGCCCACACAAUGCCGCCGACUGGAGGCUUGGGAGGAAACACGGGUAUCGGUGACGCACACAACUUGGCCUGGAAGCUGGCUUUCGUGCUCAAAGGGCAAGCAUCCCUAUCGUUACUUGAGGGCUACACGAUUGAGCGGCAGCCUGUCAACGCAUUUACAGUCGACCAAGCGACAGCUCGAUUCUACAACAGAAUCGACCACGUCCAGCCUAACUUGACAGUCGAAUUGGGUUAUCGGCAUCCGAAAGGCGCUGUUGUUCGUAGCCAAGGAGAAGAGGUGAUCAAGGCUUUGAAAGCCCAUCAUCGCCUUCGGGAACUGCAGGAUCCCGACCUCCGCACGUCUCUCUCGGAAAUGGUGAGCAACGUGUUUCUACCCUGGAUCUGAUCAAGCAGAACCUGGUGUUGGUCGCCACUAAGCCAACUCGCCAUGGAUUGAAGCCGCCAAGGCAGUAACCACCCUGAAGCUUGCUUCAUACGUACUGCAUGAGUCUUCGAGCCCAGUUCAGGAUGCUCAGGGCACACUUAGGGCGAAGUGCAAGCUAGGCAAGGU